AUGAGUGCACAAGCGAGCACGAGCCAGAAUCCCCACGAACAUACCGACUCUGAGGAUGAGUACGACACUCCCAGAACCCCUCGUCGUACUCCUAUGGCUUGUCAAUUUUGCCGAGGCCGCAAACUGAAGUGUGAUGGCCGCCAGACUUGCUCUAAUUGUAAUCGUCGAGGUAUACCGUGUACCUAUGUCCCAGUCGGACAAACUCCGAAAUAA